AGUGCCACAACUGUAUGCUUUAGAGUGGCAUAAAUAAAUGUAGUGGUUCAAGCCGCUUUGUAUAUCAUUUAACUUGGCUACAAUAAUAAUAAUAUAAACAAUAAUGGCUUCUUGUUUCUUACAACUUCUUCCUACCCUUUUGGCGUCCUCCUUCUUCCUCAUCAUCUCUGUCACUACUUGUAUGGGUCUUUCCUUUUUCCCCAAGCCAUACAUUGUGUACAUGGGUGGUGGACCAGAAAUGGGCGGUCCUCUUGCUGAAACUUAUUCAGAGUAUUUACAUCUCCAGAUGUUAUCCUCUGUGAUAUCGAGAGAGGAGAGUCAUCGAAUAUCAAUUUUACAAACGUACAACCAUGCUUUUGGGGGAUUUGCUGCCAUGCUUACGGAUCAAGAAGCUUCUGCUUUGUCCCGUCAUAAUGAGGUGGUCUCUGUAUUUCCUGAUGCGGUUUUUGAGCUCCACACCACACGGUCAUGGGAUUUCUUAGGAAUGGUGGAAUCUUAUAGCAACAAUAAAUCAUCUUAUUAUUACAGAAAUGGGUCAAGUAAUGAUGUCAUAAUUGGACUCAUUGAUACAGGAAUAUGGCCCGAGUCACCCAGUUUCAAUGACGAAGGCAUUGGGGAAAUUCCAGCAAGGUGGAAAGGGGUUUGUAUGGAAGGUUUUGCCUUCACUAAAUCAAACUGCAACAGAAAAUUAAUAGGUGCUAGGUUCUACAACAACCUUGAGGAGACGCUCAAUAACAAACCAAAAUUUCAUGGCAAAUCUAAAGGCUCUCCAAGAGAUUCUGUUGGCCAUGGAACUCAUACUGCUUCCAUUGCUGCCGGAGCUACCGUCGAAAAAGCAAAUUAUUUUGGACUAGCAAACGGGACUGCAAGAGGAGGGCUACCCUCAGCAAGAAUCGCAAGCUACAAGGCAUGUUCAACGUCGGGCUGCUCUGGCUCUGCCAUACUCAAGGCGAUCGAUGACGCUAUCAAGGAUGGAGUUGACAUCAUUUCCAUUUCAAUCGGCUCCUCCGACUUUCAAUCCGAUUUCCUCCGAGACCCUAUUGCCAUUGGAGCUUUCCACGCUUCACAGAGAGGCGUCACGGUGGUCUGUUCCGCAGGGAAUGACGGACCCUACCCGAGAACCGUCACCAACACCGCCCCGUGGAUCUUCACCGUCGCCGCUUCAACUAUCGAUAGGAAAUUUGAAACAACCGUGCUACUCGGAAAUAGGAUGUAUUUUAAGGGAACUGCCGUUAGUGUCUCUCUUUCUGGCCACCCUAGCAGCUACCCUCUCGCUUACGCGGAACAUGUAGCUGCAGACCCCUCCUUAAGAUCCGGGGCUAGGAUUUGUGCACCUGGAACGCUAAACACAACAGAAGUCACCGGGAAAAUAGUUGUGUGUAUGCAUGAUGAUCUAGCUGUCUCCAGAACCAUCAAGAAGCUAGUUGUGGAAGACGCUGGAGCAAAAGGUCUCAUUUUGAUAGACGGUUUUGAGAACAGUUCUCCAUUUGACUCAGGAGCAUACCCUUUUGCAGAAGUUAGAAAAGAUUUGGGUUUUCAGAUCUUGAAGUACAUUAAUACCACCAAGUACCCAAUUGCCACAAUAUUUCCCGCAAAAGAAGUUCGCAACAUUAGGCAGGCUCCAAUAGUUGCAGAUUUUUCUUCAAGAGGUCCUGCUUCGCUCACACAAGAUGUUCUUAAGCCUGAUAUAAUGGCUCCGGGUGUAUCGAUAUUGGCUGCAACUGUCCCUGAUGAGACCUUAACUUCCACGGAGCCGUCUUUCUUCAGCAUCACAUCUGGGACAUCUAUGGCUUGCCCCCAUGUUGCUGGUGUUGUGGCAUUCGUAAAAUCCGUACACCCCAAAUGGAGCUCGUCAAUGAUCAAAUCUGCAAUUAUGACAACAGCAUCGAUAUCAAGCAACAAUGGAAACCCAUUGAUGAACACUUCAAAUUUCCAAGCAAAUCCCCAUGAAAUGGGUGCUGGGGAGAUCAAUCCAACCAAAGCUCUUGAUCCAGGCUUGGUGUUCGAAACCCGAACCAGCGAUUACCUCAACUUCUUAUGCUUUUAUGGCUACCAAGAGAAACACAUCAGAGCAAUAUCAAAGACAGCAUUUGAAUGCCAAACUAAUGGUACUGCCCGGAAACUUGUCCCAAACAUAAAUUUCCCUUCGAUCUCCAUCGGUGAACAAACCCAGCAGGAAGGUGUCACAACUGUCAAGAGGGUUGCCACCAACGUGGGCCCCACGGAUGCUGCUUAUGUUUCUUCUGUUGUUGCUCCGAAGGGUUUGAAUGUUAAGGUUUCUCCCAAAAUGAUUGUUUUUAAUAAAGGAAAGAAGAAAUCGUCUUUCUCUGUCUCAUUUGAUGGUAGGAAAGCCUCGAAAGGGUAUCACUUUGGAGCUAUUGUAUUGUCUGAUGGAGUUCAUGUAGUUCGGUUAGUGUUUGCUGUAAAUAUUGCGAACUAAAAAAAUCACAACAGUUAGAUUUUGUAUGACGUAGUAUUAAUGUAUAAUGCAGCAUACUAAAAGAUGCAUCGUACUAAAUUACAGGUAUUUUAAGUGGCAAUGAAAUUGUGCCAAUCUUAUGCUUUGCUAGUAGAAUUUCAUUCUUACUUUUAUACAGCAUUUUAUUUUUGGA